AUGAGUACUCCUCGUACCAUUCACUUUAUUUCCAUUAAACGAAUCCUUCGUUAUCUAGCUGACACAAUAUCUCUUGGCCUUCACAUGAAGUCUUCCUCAAACUUCUCUCUCACGGCAUACUCAGAUGCUGAUUGUGCUGGAUGUCCUGAUACUCGUAGGUCUACUACUGGUUUUGCUAUUUUCCUCGGACCAAAUCUAAUUUCUUGGAGUUGUAAGAAGCAACCUACUGUUUCUCGCUCUAGCACUGAAGCUGAAUAUCGAGCCUUAGCUCACACGGUAGCUGAAUUAUCAUGGCUCCAACAUCUGCUUCGUGACUUGGAUAUACCUCUCCCUAAUCCUCCUUUGGUGCCAUGUGACAAUGUUAGUGCUUUGUAUCUAUGCACCAAUCCCAUUUAUCAUGCUCGUACUAAGAAUUUGGAGAUUGAUUUUUAUUUUAUUCGAGAGCGUGUUGCUGCUGGUUCUAUAUUGGUUCCCUGCGUCUCUACUGAUAUGCAACUUGCAGACAUUCUCACUAAAGGUUUAUCUUCUCACCGCCGCUCAGUUCUUCGUGACAAGCUUCACAUUUCUACUAAUCCAUGUUCAACUUGA